GAUAGAAAUAGGCUUAACCCGCCCAAUACAUACCGAGUUAUUGAAUAUAAAAGGAAGGCGAGAAAAAAGCGGAUCAGUGAAGCACAGUGAAUACGCGUACUAAUUGCGGAUCGAUAUUUUGUAAACGUAGCACACAUCGAUGUUGAUGUCGAAACUUUACAAUUAAAUACUAAAUCUCAAUGAUCGAAGACAUCAAAACUUGCUAUUUUAGCAGUUAUAGAAUUCGCGUCAAUGCUAAUAAACUAAGAUUCGUGUUUACGUAAUAAACUUUAUUCUUGGUUUAAUUUACUUAUGUAACUGUCUGUUAUCUAUCAUUCUAAUCUCAAACAUUAGAAAAAGAUGGAUAAAGGUCAAGAACGUGAGAAAGUUAUUCUACGUUGGUAGAAAUAGGCUUAACCCGCCCAAUACAUACCGAGUUAUUGAAUAUAAAAGGAAGGCGAAAAAAGAGCGGAUCAGUGAAGCACAGUGAAUACGCGUACUAAUUGCGGAUCGAUAUUUUGUAAACGAAACAAUAAUCUAUGUACGGGUCGUUAUAUAACUGCAAUAGAGAAAUUCUUUUUAAAAGUAAAGGGAAUAAUAUACUGUUCUUUUGUAAACUUUUAACUCGACGUGUUCGUAAGUGACCUGUGUUCCGAGAAGUCUCGACAGCGUACCCGAAAAAAAUAGUGAUCCUUCAACUCCAGGACCACAACAAUUAUCGUUAUAAAAAAUUUCUUCGCAGGGAGAGAAAAAGGCCUGCGCGAAAACACAAUCUGAAAUUCUCGAUGGUACUUGCGGAAGUAAUUGGGAUUUUUAUCAUUGCCUUGAGCAUUAUAUAUAUUUAUUAUAAGUAUGUGAUUUUCAAUUUUUGGUACAAGAGGGAUGUUUUUUAUGUUAAACCUACUGUACCAAUUGGAAAUGUCUCAUCAUUUAUUAUUGGAAAAAUACAAAUAGGUGUAUUUUUGCGUGAUCUAUACAUGAAAUAUAAGGAUCAUCGUGUUUUUGGAAUUUAUGCAUUUUUUAAACCCGUCUUGGUGAUUGCCGACUUGGAUCUCAUUCGAACGGUAUUAACAAAAGAAUUUAAAAGUUUCCAUGAUCGUGGGACGUAUAGCAACGAAAAUAUUGAUCCAUUGUCUGUCAAUUUGGCUUUUUUAUCUGGAAAAAAAUGGCAAAAGUUACGUGCCAAAAUAACACCUACUCUUACUAUGGGAAAAAUAAAGCAGAUGUUUCCGAUCUUGAAGAAAUGUAGCGAAAAGCUUUUAAAGAAUCUAGAAAGUAAAGCACAGAUGGGAGAAUCCAUCGAAAUAAAAAAUAUGUUAGCAAGGUAUUCAAUAGAUGUAAUUAUGUUAACUGCUUUCGGUAUCGAAUCCAAAUGCAUUCAGGAUCCAUAUGACGAGUAUUUCGUCCAAGGAAAACAAAUUUUUAAGCUAAAUCCAAUUUGGAUUGCCUUGGCAAUGUUCAUGCCAAAAAUUAUGGAUUUUUUUUCUAUCCCACUCACUGAUAAAUGUAUCUCCAAUUUUUAUAUAAAUGCGUUCCAAAAGAAUGUGAAAUAUAGACAAACUCAUAAUAUUAUAAAAAAUGAUUUUAUGAAUCUACUCAUACAACUCAUGGAGAAAGGUUACAUUGACGAUGACGACGAUAAAACUAUCAAAAUAUCAGGAACCACAAAGAAGAUUACCAUGUUGGAAGCUGCUGCGCAAAGUUAUGCUUUUAUCGCAGCUGGAUUUGAAAGCUCUUCGACGACCGCGACAUUCGCUUUAUAUGAAUUAGCUCAUCAUCAAGAUAUACAAGAUAAAGUUCGCAAGGAAAUUGACGAAAUAUUGGAAAAGCAUGAUGACUUGUCUUAUGACGCAAUGAACGAAAUGACAUAUCUCCAUAAAACAAUAAAUGAAACUAUGAGAAAAUAUCCACCUCUUCCAAUCAUAAAUCGUAUUUGUACCAAAGAACUAGACUUACCGACAACAAAUAUACGUGUGCCAAAGGGAACAUUAAUUACUGUACCGGUGCUUGGACUGCAUCGAGAUCCAUCUAUAUAUCCGGACCCAGAUAAAUUUGAUCCUGAACGAUUUAAUGAGGACGAGGUAACAAAAAGACAUCCAUACGCUUAUUUACCAUUCGGGGAAGGCCCACGAAAAUGCAUUGGUGAACGAUUUGGGUAUGCACAAGUAAAAGUACUGAUUUGUCUUCUGGCCAAAUACAAAUUCAAACUUCAUUCCCGGACUAAGGUCCCAAUUAGUUUCAACGAAAGAAGUCUUACAGUAAGAGGCCAUGUACAUCUUAUUAUUGAGCCACGAUAAAAUAACUCGUGGUCAAAUUAAUUUCUUGUUUGCAUAUUUUAUUCAUACAUAUUAUAUACGUACUUUAAAGUAGUUUCCUAAAUAUUAAUACGUUACAAUAAUGUAAAAUUACUGAGAAGCGCAACAAGGGCAGCAGACUCGUUUACAUCAAUUUUUGUCAAGUUGACAAAAAAUGGUGAAAAAGAAAAUAGACCAAAAAGACUAUUACGCCGAAUGAGUCCUAGAUGCGCACAGUGUAAGACGGAUAAAUUAAAUUCUAUAAAUUUAUAUUAAUCCUAACUAACUAAUCAACAAUCUGAUUAAUUGGUAGUGUCUGUCUUACACUGUGCGUAUCUGGGAUGCUAUCGUUAUAGCCAUAUUGGAUACCAUAUUUUUUGUUACCUAAGUUUGCGUUUAAUGAUUUCUAAGUGGAGUAUUCAAGAAGCGUAGAUAAAAAGUUUUUUUAAGUAACAGUUAUUAAGAUAUGAAGAAAACGUAUCCAUAAUAUUCCGUACACUCUUUGCAGAGCAUUUGAGAAACGUAGAUGAAAACUUUUAAAAAAUAAAAUAUCGGAACUUGAAAAAAGCGUUUUGGAACGCUUUUUGUACAUAUUUUGUGACGCAUUUAGAAAAUGUAAAGGAAAGUGUACAGAAAAGGUAAUAGAACAUUUUAUACAUGCUUUGUGAAGUACUGUAUGGAGCAUUUAAAAUAGAUUAUUAACAAUAUUUAGAAAAAAAA